CGUGGACGGAGCACCGAGCGAGAAUUGUUGGGAGUGGAACUGAAAACGCGGACCUGCCGAAUUUUAAUACCAGAGGAAGAUAUUGAGCCAUCGAGCCACGCCAACGGCCCUGUGUGUUUCAAAAUCCUCACUUUUUCUUGGAUGGUGGGUAGCAUUUUCUUUUUAGCACCAAGAGCAACUCCGCUACCCAACAAAAACAAUCCAACUUGUAUCGAGUGCAUAUAGUGACACGACAAUCAAAUAAAUUCUAGCAGAUAGAUAGAUGAGCUCUUCCUUUAUAUCACCAUCGUGGCAAGAGGUGUGGCUUUCUCCCAUAGCGGAGAAGAAGAGCUCAGCUCCAGAUGCAUUAAAAUUGACAGAAUCCGAGGAUGAGAUUAGUCCAAUCUCGUUGUUAUCUCCUCCUCGUCACUUUAGCUUCUCCACUCCGAAGGCAUCUCGAAACAAUCAUGACAAUGAUAAUUGGCAGCUCGGGCAGCUUUCCAAGUCUGGGUUGCUGAAAAGGCAUAAGGUUGCCGCUGUCGCCGUGUCGUCCCUCAUUUGGUUUUGGGGAUGCGUGGCGUGGAUCUCUCUCUUGCAAGCAAGUACCGAUCCUAUUGUGAUAGUGCCUCCGCCAACUUCUCCGUCAAGUGUGGCAAGAGCUGCCUUUGACAAGGUAUACAAACGUGAUUGGGGUGCUCACCCCUCUCUUUGGGUAGUGCUGGAAGCUUCCGACUCAAGAAGGUCUUCGGCACCAACACUUAACAGUCAAGGAGAGGUGGAAUCACAUUCCUUUGCCGAUGAUACUUCGCUGAUUUAUGAACAGGGGAAACACUUUAGUUACGACCUGGCGUAUGAUCUCGAGAGUCAAUUCCAUGUCAAUGGCACUCCCUCCGUCAAGAUCACUUCUUAUUAUUCUCUUCAAGAGCAAGGACUGGAUUAUGUGGCUCGCAAUCUUGUCACACCCGAUGGGUCAAAGACUCUGGUUCAAAUUCAAUACAUUCAAGACGAGAUUGGUGGCUCCGGAGUACUGAAACUGAAACAGAAAAUCUUGAGGUUUGGACAACAGAACCAGCCAUCCUACUUGAACAUCCAUUACACUGGAAUGCACUGGAAUCCUUCGCUGAACAUGACCAAUACGCAGCUGUCUCUGAUUUGUGCAGCUGUGGUUCUUCUAUUGGAGGCUGUACUGUUUAUGGGAAUAGGAGUGGGCAAUCAAUCCGCUCUUUGGGGUGUUUUGAUACUGGCAAGCAUGGCAACCACCAUGUCCCUCAGUUCGCUUGCUCUGAACUACCUUACGACCACAACCGUGUCACCAUUGUCGCUCUCUUCAAUGGCGAUGGUCUGCUUGGUCCUUUCUGUCUACUAUUCCAAGUUUUCAUUAGACAACAUUGGCUUCAACGGUGCCUCUGGAACCAUUCUUCGAAGUGGAGGGAUCUUGAUGGCCUCAUUUGCCAGUCUUUACACAGUCACUGCCUCCCCAGUCCUUCAGAGUGUCAGCGUGGCAACGACAACAGUGGUGACUAUCUGUACCGCUUUUCACGCUCUUAUUGCACCAAGGCUCCUUGAUGACAACAGCACCGACCGUGUGGAUUGCAUGGGAGCAACGCAGCCUCAAUUGCAAGAGGAUUCAGAACUGAAACCUUCACAGUGGUCCAAUCUACGGAAGCUUGUACCCCUUUGUAUGUCCACUCUCUUGUUGCUCUCAAUGUCGUCUAGGGCCCCGUCUGUAUUGACAAGUAUUUCGUUGGAUAGUCCAAAUCCCACCCGCUUCCUGGUGGGUGACUCUCAAAAUCACUUUUACUUGACUGGGGAGACUGUCGGGCACGGCCGUCUGACACCCUAUAGGCUCUUGUUUGACGGUACCGGUCCGGAUCGAAAUCAAAGCAUGAUAUCAUUGGCGGGGUAUGAUAUACAGCAAAUGGUGCUGGGUGAGCUUGAGGGCAUUUCCUUGGACGGCAAUGAACCGAGCCAAAAGCCUCCUGGAUUGGAAGAUUUUACACCGAUCGGAGAACAAUACAAAGAAGUCCAGCACCUCAUAAAGCAGCUUGUAAGCACACUGCGAAGGUUUAAAGAGGAACAGCAAAGGCAGUUUGAUCUGUAUCACAAAAAGAGGCAAGAUCUAUGGACGCAAAUCGAGAUGCAAGAAGAAAGUGAUCUUGAAGACAUCCGUUGCGAAUUCCCGGUGAACGCUGGAAUCGAAACCACAACAUACUCCGGAAUUGCGGUCCUUGACAAUCUCAGAAUACCGCAAAGCCUUUACAAUGCUGCGAAUAUUUGUCGAGGCAUGGAGCCAAGGUGUCCCAGCGAGGCUCUUCAUUUGCUGAAUGUUAUCGAGGACGAAACGACACCAUCUCAUCAUCUAGCUACUUACAUUUCUGCCAUUCUAGGCGUCAAUCCAUUGUCGAGAGAGGGGAAUCAAUGGCUAAUUUUGGCUCGAGAGACCAUCGAGCGUCUACAGGAAGAUCCGCGCGUUCUCGGUGGUGUCAAAGUGUUCAUUGACAGUCCGGCCGGAAGGUGGUACGACUUUCAAAAAUUUCAAGUCGAGAUCCUGCCAAGGCAACUAUUGACUGUCGUCGGGGUAGUUGUCGUGUCCCUCUUGGUUGCGUUGCAAUCCUUCGGGUCGCCACUUCGGAUUUUCAUGACUGCCAGUUUGACGACGGCCGCGGCAAUUGGAAUGGGCUCCUGGCUGGAAAGGAGCGGCAGUAUGGAUUCGACGGUAGUCCUUGCAUGCAUACUGGCUGUCACGUCAACUCUCGUAUCCGAGGUUGGCCGGUUUCAACAGCACAACGCUCCAAAUGCCCUUACCGUUGAUCCUGUUCUUUCAAGCACGAGAGUGAUCAGUGCAUGCUUUCUGGUUUUGUCAUUUGGGACAUCUGUGGCUGCAAAACAACUGGUCGUUUGGCCUUUGCUUGUUGUCGCCGCACUGCUCUUCGACGCAAUGUGGUUGCAAGGCUUGGCACUGCCGUUCGUUUCUACGCUGGGUUGGAGCAAAUCAUCUCGCAAGAACUUGAGGUCCAAAAGAUCGGACUUGUCAUACGAUAACAUGGAUCCAGAUGAAGACAACGCGGUCAAGUUUGACAAGUUUAUUCUAUCGCCUCAAGCACCUUGAGUCGCAGGAAUAGCCAACCGGAGCUACCAGGUGGAAUUUUUCGGUAUUGUGCUAACAGGCAUAUGUUAUGAGCUCAGUGGGUACCAGUAUAAUCAUUUUAGAUGAGUUCAUUGUUGUUCCUUU